AUGUUUGGUUUUGUCCUCUUCCCAGACGCCACAGGAGACUGCGCGUCCUGGAUGUACAUCCCAUGUCUAACCGACUGGGAUACAGCUGGACACUACAGUUGGGGCUCCGCUGUGCUUUCUUUUUUGUACCGGCAGCUUUGUGAGGCUUGCCGUCGUACGUCCUCCUCUUCGUCUAUAGGCGGUUGCGUCUACCUCCUGCAGAUAUGGAUGUGGUUUCGCAUACCAGUUGGUCGACCACGUGUUUUCCAGCCUAGACCCUGGCCAUGGAUGAUUUAUGGAAAUGAACGUCUUCGACCGACGUAUGCUUAUAUUUGGGACCAAGUGGCAGCUCCUUUUGCCAGAGCUAAGAGGGCAUACAUGGAGUAUGUUAACGAGUUUGACACCCUUUCUGCCUCUAGCGUCACAUGGCAGCCAUACAACGCACCUGAGUAUGCUGGGAUGAUCUUUAGUGAAGUAUGCAGCAGUGAAGAUGAACUCUAUAUGAUGCAAUGUCCUUUGAUCUGUUUCUGGUGUGUUGAGUGGCACCUACCUCACAGGGUUCAGAGACAGUUUGGUAGGAACCAGCUAUGGCCGGUUGAAGAUGGUCCUACUUCAAAGGAGCUACACAAGUAA